AUGUCUUACUGCCCGAUUCCUGGCAACGUCGACAUUCCUCCGAUCUCGCCUGAAGAAGUGCUCCGCGACAGUCGAACUUUCAACCGGGAAAAGACAAUCAACACACUCACUGUUUCACAGAAACAAAUGGAAAUUUGGACGACGGAUCAACAAUAUCUUCUAGCUUUGGAUAUCGUGAACAAUUUAUUCCUCCACGUGGAGCCAGGUAUAAAGGAACGACUGACGCUGAAGAUGCUGUCGAAAAGAUUUCAUCUGCAACUGGUAGAGGAUCAGACCGUUGAGAAUAAAGUCGAGGAGUUGCGCGAGAAGCUUAGGGAUCAAGCGAUGGAGAUCCAAGCUCGAAUUCGGGAAGAUCUGGAUUGUGUCCGUAGCUUGGAACACGAACUGUACACCUUGUGCUGCUCGAAUGAAGACGACGACAGUGAUGAUGAGGAACUCAAGCAGCUUAUUUCUGAAACAGAGGACCAGGUCAACGACAAGAAAGACGUACUCAACAUUCGAUCAGAAGAAAUGGCCGUAAUGGUGUCGCUGGCGAAGGAAACGCACCUCAAGCAGCAGUUGUUGAGCGAAGACAUCGGAAAGGAUUCGGAACGGCAGACGAGGCGGACGCAUUUUAUCUUCCACGAAGUCAAAUGGAAACUUGUCAGUGUGGAAGCUUCGCCAAACAUUUUAGCUUCCAUUCAGCCAAAGGGAAUAGCAAAUUUCGUCAUGAAAAAUUUCGAGUACCGCUCUGUAGCUUCAGUUGAUUCCGAUCUGCACGAGAAGUCAAACCAGAAUCACCAUUCCCACGAGUUUAAAAUUGGCGAUUUCGAAUUGUCGAACUUGCUGGAGAAUCAGAAGUUCCAAACCAUUCUCCGACCGCAAGUUCGCAUCGCCCCCUCCAAUCUUGCCUCGAUUCGGGUCUUUUGCAAAGUGAGGCCUCCAGUCGGCGGCAUCCCGGUCAAAGAGCGCAUCGAACUGAACAUUCUACCUUUGCACAUUACUGUAACGAACACUUUCUAUCGCGCCUUUCGCAACUUCUUCUUCCCGGACCCGUCUUUGGACACAGUGUCAGUUUCAAAACCUGCCUCGCCAAAGACUUUGAGAAAAGAAGCCGAUUCAAAGUCAGAAGCUGGAAGUGAUAGAAAAAGUCGUCUCUUUUCGAAAUUUAGACGUUCGAGUCCAACGCUUGAAAAACAAUCGAGUUUAUCCGAAAUCUACAGCUCAAGUCUCCCGAGCUUCGAUGACCACGGCGCUAAAAUCAUGGCUGAUCGGGCGCGAAACAACCAGACAUUCCACCACAUCCAGAUUCCAAAAGUCCCACUCACCGUUUCCUACCAUUCCGACUGUAGAACCAACAAAGUUCGAGUGCCAAGCUUGGACAAUAUGCGGCUGGAUAUUCCGUGCAUUGAGUACAAGAACAAGACUUGGACUUGGCAAGAUUUAGCUUCGAAUAUCAAAAAUAGCUGCCAAAAAGUUCUCAUGCAGCAAGGGACGGCAUUUCAGCAGAAAGUGCUAAAAGUAAAAGACCGAAAAAACAAGAACGAGAAAGAGCUGCCAUCACCGGAAGACAACCUCUCCACGAAAAAGUUGGAUCUUCUUUUUCCCCAAAAGCAGAAGAAAGGCCUCUUCAACCGCAAGAAGAAAAGCUAA